AUGGUUAACCUGAGCACUUCGACUCGCAACACCACGACCACCGAGCACCCUCGUCGAGAUAGCCCCUCAAGCGCCGGCGUUCUAGCCGCUCUUAAGAGGGUCCGCGAGAAGGUCAAGGAGUUCAACGCCUUCAUAUCCGUUGCUGAAAAGCUGCUGCGCGCCAUCGAGGACGUCGAGAGAAAGCUCGAUGGCACUCUGGAAAAGAAGGGCAACCACACCUCCACCCCGGCGCGAUACGGAGCGGUCUCGGAGGGGCUCAGCCGUCGCGUUUUCCUCCGUGUCGAUAGGAACCACCCAGAUAGGCGCAAUGCCAAACCAACAAGCAUCAUCACCUUCCUAGUUGAGAAGUUAGGCUUUCCUAGAAGAGACAUCGUCAAGGUUUACCCAGUUAACUCCGGCUUUGCAAUCGAGGUCUUCCGCCCCGAAUUCCGCUCCUCCUUGGCAGCAAAAGCCAAGGUGCACUACUAUCGUAUCGACCCGGAGGUGCUCACUUUCGCCUACCUAGUCAAGAACGUCCCGAAGUACAUCUUAGCACACGACGGCUCCCGCAGACACACCGACCCUCUGAUUGUAGAGGCGGUUGCUGCUGUAACGGGUGACGUGGGAGAGGAGGAACCAAGAGAAGUCUAUCAUGUCACCGACUGCCAACACAAGGGACACCAGAGACAGGAUGGUUUCACCAAGGAGAAAGAUUUCAGCGUCCACACUGUCAAGGGCACCCCUGGAGCUUACCUGGUUAUCCUCACCAGAAAGGUGACGCCGUUCAGAAUAUUCGACUCGGAUCCUUCGAUUCUCCUGAAGCGCAAGGGCAGAUUCUACACGUGUGAGCGAUGCUUCGGCUUCCACCAUAAAGACAAGUGCCGCUCGGCCCCUAGGUGCGGCGAGUGCGGCGCCCCGGCACAUAACCACAACCAACACCUUCCCCUCCCCAAUGCCCAAACUGGGCCCAGCAAAACCAGGUCACGUAGACUGCCCGGUCAAGCCGAAGGUCUGACAGGGCAAGGUCAUGAGAUUGACGGACUCCCAAAGGAAGGCCGUCAGGAAGGCCGGCCAGGCGGCUUACCGAGCUGCUAG